AUGCUGGGCCUACGCACAAUCGCAAUCAGCCUCGCUGCCGUCUCAUCAGCACUCGCUGUGCCACUGGAAAAUGUUCAGCAGCAACACAAAUCCGACGCAGUCAUACAGCCCACAGACGAGUCAGGCGACUUGUACCGUCGUCAAUUUCCCGGACUCAGCGGCGCCGACGUAGAGAUCAUGAAGGACGCGAGCAAGGCUGGCAUUUGGUUCGCAGAGCAUUGCGCCCCGGCGAUCAUUAAGGCAAAUUUCACGGGCGGCAAGCCCCAGUAUGAUGGAUGGAAAGAGAAGUUCAUGUGCCCCGUGAUUGCGAAGACGUUCCGGCAUCUAUUGCCGUUCGAUCUGCCUGGUGACCUGAUGGUUCCGGCACCUUUUUAG